UGUCACCAUCACUGGUGUACGUCACUAUUGCAGGAAAUGGUGAUACCUAGGCACUGAAGGAAUAAUCACUAACAUUUUAAGCAUUUUCAGCGGCAUAAAGAUGAUGCGAAGACCCAGAACCACCGCCAAAUGUGUCAGUUACAAUGAAUACGAAAAUACUGACACCGACAUGUCUCUUUCUCAGACAGUGAGUGAUGGUGAGGACGAUGAGGAGUGGAAGCCAACAGAUCCACAAUCCAGUGUUUCCCCCAAUGCUGCCAAAAUGUCUGCAACAAGGGAAAAGAAAGCUGCUGUCACAAGGACUGCUAAACCAAAAGAACAAAAACGACCUAAAGUCACCAAAGUGUCUAGAGAUGCUAAGCCUCGGGCCCCAUGCAAGCCUGCUGCAGGACAAAAAACGACUUCUAAAAGAGCAAAGGAUGCUGCUGAAGCUGGAAUGCCUGGUAUAAAAAGGAAGAAGACCCAUGCUGGUUUUGAGAAGGACCAGUGUGAGGCACAGACAGACUUCCAAGAAGAAAAAAUGACAGAUGAAAGUGACAUUACUAUCAAACCAAAGGAAGAGAGGUUAUCAUUCAUUGUUUCACAAGUCCCUGGCACAAGCAACUGGGGAGACGAAGGAUCAUCUCAAAUUCAUCCUCCAGUGAAGAAGGAAAACCUGAAAGAGGAAGAUUUCACUUUUGAUGAGCCCUGUUUAAAGAAACAGAAGACUAGUGGGGCUUGUCAAGGCCAACCCACUGCUAGACCCCUUUUGGAAGGACAGCCUUGCUCUCUAAAAAACGAACUCAACAUGAACUGGAACGUGACAGAGCUGCUCUCUGCACUGACAUGUGUAGAGAAAUGGGUGUGUGCGAACAUCAUUCUUCUGCUUCGUGAAGAAAACACCGUGCCGUUCAUGGUGCGCUAUCGCAAAGAGAUGAUUAACCACUUGGAUGCAGACGCCGUCCGAGACGUCCAAAUUGUAUAUGAGGAGUUAUGUUCUCUGGCCAAGAAGACCAAUUCUGUGAUACAAACUCUAAAGAAAGAUGGGGUUUUGACCCCUGAGUUGGAGAAAACAAUGAGGAGCUGCCGGUCCACUGAUGAACUGGAUCAUGUGUAUUCUCCAUAUAAGAAAGGCAGCAAGCUGACUAAAGCUCGUAGAGCAAAGGCCCUCGGCCUGGAAGCAGCUGCCUCUGCAUUGAUCAACGCACCACAAACUCUGGAUUUAAGCACAUGGGUACAACCUGCUACUCAAGGUCUGUCGUCUCUGAAGGAAGUGACAACAGGUGUGGAGCAUAUCCUGGCUGACAUGAUAGCCAAAGACCCUGAAACCCUCACCUAUGUUAAGGCUUUAUGUGAGAAGAGUUUUGUGACCAUCCAGUCAUCUGUGUCAAAGACGGCCCUGAAGGAGAAAGAACAAGACAAAUCGGGCAGCAAAAAAGCCGGAGCUGAGCACGGCAAACCUAAAGACAUAGAAAAAUUUCAUCUCUACUUUGAAUUCACCUGUAAUAUCCAGCGCAUCCAGCCUCACCAGACGCUGGCCAUUAACCGAGGGGAGAGUCUGAAGAUUUUGACAGUGAAAGUUAAUAUUCCUGACAGAGUGAAGAGUGACUUCACCUGGUGGUGUGUCAACAACAGAUGGAGGCCAAAGUCUAUGGCAAAAGAAGAACAGAAAGCAAUCAUAAUGAAUGCUGUGGACGACUCCUAUAAGCGUCUUAUCCUGCCUUUUCUCACAAGGAGCUACAGGACAAAGUUAACAAGUGCAGCAGAGAAAGAGUCGAUUGCAAUGUUUGUGCGAAACCUCCGCCAGCGCCUCUUGGUAUGUCCUGUCAGAGGCUGUGUCAUUAUGGGAGUGGACCCUGGCUUCAGACAUGGCUGCAAGCUGGCAAUCCUCUCCCCAACUAGUCAGAUUAUCCACACAGAUGUCCUGUAUCUGCACAAUGCAGGACAACAAAGAGAAGCGGAGAAAUUGCGCCACCUCAUGACCAAAUAUAGCUGUACUAAGGUUGUCAUCGGCAACGGGACUGCUUGUCGUGAAACGGAGACCUUUUUCGCAGACCUUAUCGCAAGACGUUUUUUUCACCCUUUGGAUGUGUCAUACUGUAUAACUAACGAGGCAGGAGCUUCCAUCUACAGUGUGAGUCCUGAGGCAGUCAAAGAGAUGCCAGACUUGGACCCUAACCUAAGGAGUGCAGUGUCCAUUGGAAGACGUGUUCAGGAUCCACUGGGUGAGCUUGUGAAGAUUGAUCCUAAACACAUAGGGAUUGGGACAUAUCAGCAUGAUGUGUCUGCUGGAGCUCUGAAGGCAGCGCUGGAGGGAGUGGUGCAGGAGUGUGUGAGUUUCGUCGGUGUGGACAUCAACAUCUGCUCUGAGAUACUGAUGAGGCACGUAGCAGGGCUUAAUGCGGGCCGAGCUCGCAAUAUAACCGAGUGGAGAGAGCAGAACGGUCCCUUCACCAAUAGGGAGCAGCUCAAGCUGGUCAAAGGCAUGGGGCCCAAGUCCUACCAACAGUGUGCUGGCUUCAUCAGAAUCGACCCUCAGACUCUGCAGAGUGUGAAAUCCUCACCGCAGCCUGCAGCAACAGUAACGGGGAAAGCAGCAACUAAGAAGUGUAAAGGAAAAACCGGUGUCAAAACGGCCGAUUCAUUAAACCCUCUGGAUCAAACCUGUAUUCAUCCAGAGUCCUACAGUGUGGCGCAGAGAUUUCUUUCUCUUGUGGAUGGGAGUGUGGACCAGAUUGGGAGUGCAGUCUUGAAGCACUGUGUGGAGAGCAAGAUUAAGACAAAUUCUGUUGAGGAACUGGCCCGAGUCGUAGACACCACACCAGAAACUCUCAAGAUCAUCAUAGACGGCCUCACACAGCCGCCAGGCUUUGACAUUCGACAAAAUUUUGGGCAGCCGGACUUUAAACGAGGCAUUGUGUCCAUAAGUGAUCUCCAGCCGGGUACGGUGUUGACGGGCAGGGUGGACAACACUACUCUGUUUGGAUCUUUUGUAGAUAUUGGUGUGGGCCGUUCAGGCCUCAUCCACAAGAGCAAGAUAACUCUGGAUAAGCUGCCUGUCAGCCAGCGACGCCGGAGCCUGGCGCUGGGACCUGGGGAGCGAGUUGAGGUCCGGGUCCUCAAUGUGGACUCUCAGAGGGGACGGAUUUCACUGGACCUCAUCAGAGUACUGCAGUAGAGUAACCUCAUUUUCAUAAAAAGUGAUGCGGUAUAGCAAAUUAUUGCUUUUAAUAAAGUUAAAUUGCUCGUUAACCUUAACUGCAAUUGUGGUUGCUAAGUUAUGUGUUUUUUUGUACUCCUAAUAAAUCUGUUAGUGUGAGCAUUAGCUAAGCCAAGGUCACCCUGCCACCUUCUGCCUUGUCUCUUCAGCUGUCCUGAGCGGGUUGCCAGGGACUUUCUUCUGUUUUGAAGGGUCACCGGGACCCUGUUCUUGUACCUGCAUUUUUUUGAGGGGUCACUGGGACACUCCUCCUCCACUUGCUCAUUUUAAAGGUUACUGGGAUGCUCCUCUUCUACUUGCUUAUUUUGAGGCGUCAUUGGGAUGCUCCUCCUUUACUUGAUCUUUUUAUGGGGUUACUGGGAUGCUCCUUUUCUACCUGCUUAUUUUGAUAGGUCACCAGGAUAUCCCUCUUCUACUUGUUUGUAGAAACCAGGAACAGUUCUUGCUCAUAUGAAGGUUUAAUGCUAGAAUUAAUUGGCAUCUGCACUUUAGGUUUAAAAAAAAAAAGGUUUAAUUAUUUAAUUUUGUUAAACAAAAAAUGUAAAAACACAGAUUUGGUUGGGACUGAUGGAGGUAAGAAGAGCCUCCCAGACUGCAGUCAAAGCCUUAGGCUUUUUAGCUUAUUCUUAGGCACAAUAAUUCCUCGUUACACACACAUAUGCACACCCCCUACUAAUCAGAUGCCUCAAAAUUAAUCCCAGAUUCCCCAUCCGCAUUAUGUAAUUUGUUUGGUUUUAUGAAACUAUAAUAAAUAAAAGAAUAAAUAUAGUUCUGGGAAAGCCUGAGGUCCCGUAUGCUAAACAUUACACUGAAUGCAGAUUACCUAAUCACUGUUGGCCCCGCUGCUUUGGUGUCUGCCUUUAGGCCAACAAAUGGAAUAUAUUCUACAUGCACAAGCACAAAAAGAUGUUCCAUCAAGAUGAAUUAGUAGUGGUAGGUUGCUUGGAGAUGACCUAGGAAAUUAAGACUAGCACCAGUCUGGAUUUUCACUGGGUUUCAUCAUCACUCAUGAAUUUCUUUUUUGAGAUGGUUCUGUUCCCAAAUCAAAGCCUUAUUUUAUUUGAUGUUUACUCCCAAUGUCGAAUUGUUGUCUUUUUUUUGCUUUCCUCAUCCUGGAAGACUCAUGCUUUAAUUUUUCCAGUGUUUUUUGCUUUUCGUAUUUCAUUUUAGGGAACAUGUGUAUUUGUCAAAGUAGACAGCCUCUCUCAGCACCAGUCCUUUUUUUUCUGCCUUUAAUUUUCCUCACUCUGCCAAACGUGAGCCUACAGAUGAAACGGCCAAUCUGGCAGCCUGCCACUGCUGCCUUUUGGAGUUUUUUGUCAGACACUGUCCAGUAAUGAGCUUGUGAUAACAAACAGGGUAACUGUGGGAGUACUUGUGUAGUUCUCUGUUAUGAUCCACUGCAAAAGCUCACUGCUGCUGUGUUAUAGAGGGAUCUCCUCUGUGUUUGUUGAAAUUUGAAGAAAAUUGAUGGCGAGCAUGCCAUCAAAUAAAUGUCACUCUUUGACUCAAAGCACAUCUUCUGUUUGGGUUUUCAUAGGUCUUGUGCUAUUAAAAAAACAGAGUAACUGCGGUAAACCCAAAAAAGUCUGCAGGGCUUCUUGUGUUAGUUGUACAAAAAUCUAACAAAGGAGACAAAAUUGGAUCCAGUGUCUUUUUCACUAGGAGUUAAGAGUAGCUGUCAUGCCAAGUGCUAUAUUCAUAUGUAAAAUGUUUUGUACUUUUCCUCCCAAGGCUACCUUUCAAUGAAUGUAACUGACUGUGCUCAUUUUGUUACGACUGCUGCGCUGCUUGAUUAAAAAAAAGGGGGGGGAGCUGAAUGCAGGAAAAAGUUGUUGGAGAAAUCAAUACAAUAAUUUUCUCAGUGAAAAUAAAAAGCUCAAAUAUUA